CCUCGUCUCCUUGCGUCCACCCCCCGCUGCGCCUGUGACUCCGCUGCUGUGGUUUCUCUUGGAGCUGGGAGUUCUGGUGGAAGGAGCAGAUCCACUGUGGUGGUUUCUUCUGGUUUGUGUUUUGGAUCUGGACCUUCUGGACCUUCAGCUUCUGAGAGAUGGGAAUGUAUCUGCUGCCCCUGGUGCUGGUGCAGUGUUACCUCCUGACGAGCUCCGUGUGCAGCGCCGUCGCCUUCGCGGAGGAGCCGGCCGGAGGAGGCAGGUCGUCGGACGGGUACUGCGGCCGGAUCCUCCGGGCCCAGACCCAGGGAACCCGGAGGGAUGGACACCACGAGUUCCGGCUCCGGGUGGAGCGGGACCCGGAGACCUACGAGCCCGGAACCACCUACAGAGUCGUCCUCCUGGCCUCCAGCCCUAAUUACUUCCGAGGUUUCACCCUCAUCGCCCUGAAGGAGGGACGGGAGGGAACCACCGACGACGACUACACCGGCCAGUUCCAGAUCAUCGAUGAGGACGACACACAGUUCAUGAGCAACUGCCCCCCCGCGGUGACCGAGAGCACGCCUCGCAGACGCACCAGGAUACAGGUGUUCUGGACAGCGCCACCUACUGGCACCGGCUGCGUUAUACUCAAGGCCAGCAUCGUCCAGAAGAGAAUCAUCUAUUUCCAGGAAGAGGGCUCGCUCACCAUCCGGCUUUGUGAGAAAGAGCGCCUGCUGGGUGAAGCCACAGAAGCUCCGGCCAUGGAGUGCUGCGCCUGCGGAACAGCCAAGUAUCGGCUCACCUUCUUCGGCAACUGGUCGGAGAAAGUGCAUCCGAAGGAUUACCCACGACGAGCCAACCACUGGUCGGCUCUGAUUGGUGCGUCCCACUCCAGGAGCUACGUGCUGUGGGAGUACGGAGGCUACGCCAGCGAGGGCGUCCGGCAGGUGGCCGAGCUCGGGUCACCCAUCAAGAUGGAAGAGGAGAUUCGCCAAAAGGGAGAUGAAGUUCUGACUGUCAUCAAGACGAAGGCUCAGUGGCCGGCCUGGCAGCCGCUCAACCUGCGAGCAGCUCCGUCGGCAGAGUUCUCCGUGGACCGCUCCCGCCACCUGAUGUCCUUCCUCACCAUGCUGGGGCCCAGCCCGGACUGGAACGUGGGCCUGUCGGGGGAGGACCUCUGCACCAAGGACUGUGGCUGGGUGCAGAGGCUGGAGGCGGAGCUUAUCCCCUGGGACGCAGGCACGGACGGAGGCGUCACAUACGAGUCGCCAAACAAGCCGUCGAUCCCCCAGCAGAAGAUCCGCCCACUGACCAGCUUGGACCAUCCGCAGAGCCCGUUCUACGACCCCGAGGGGGGGGCAGUCACCCCUGUGGCCAGACUGGUGGUGGAACGCAUCGCUAGGAAGGGGGAACAGUGUAACGUGGUCCCAGACACCAUCGACGACAUAGUGGCUGAUAUCGGACAGGAGGAGAAGGAGGAAGACGACACACCGGAGACGUGCAUCUACUCGGGCUGGUCUCCGUGGUCGGCGUGCAGCAGCGCCACGUGUGAGAAAGGUCGCCGGAUGAGGCAGAGGAUGCUGAAGGCUCAGCUGGACCUCAGCGUGCCGUGUCCACACACUCAGGACUUCCAGCCGUGCAUGGGCCCGGGCUGCAGCCUGGAGGAGCCGUCCACGUGCAUGAUGUCGGAGUGGAUCAGCUGGUCGUCCUGCAGCCUGUCUUGUGGGAUGGGGAUGAGAUCCAGAGAGCGAUACGUCAAACAGUAUCCUGAAGACGGCUCGCUCUGCCAGCUCCACACCGAGGAGACGGACAAGUGCGUGGUCAACGAGGAGUGCUCUCCCAGCAGCUGUGUGGUGACGGAGUGGGCGGAGUGGGAUCCCUGCAGCAUCACCUGUGGGAUCGGCAUGAGGAGACGUGAGCGCAUGGUGAAGAUGCCUCCGAUCGACGGAUCCAUGUGUAAAACCGAAGUGGCCGAGGUGGAGAAGUGCAUGAUGCCCGAGUGCCACACCAUCCCGUGCAUGACGUCCCCCUGGUCGGACUGGAGCGGCUGCAGCGUGACGUGUGGCCGCGGCGUGCGAACCCGACAGAGGAUGAUGAAGUCGGAUCCCGCCGAGUGCACGGAGGAGCUGGAGCAGACGGAGAAGUGCAUGUUGCCCGAGUGUCCCCAGGACUGCAUGGUGUCCGAGUGGUCCGAGUGGUCCGAGUGCAACAAGUCCUGCGGGAAAGGUCACACCAUCCGGACCCGCAUGGUCAAACUGGAGCCGCAGUUCGGAGGCAGCGCCUGUCCCGAGAGCAUCCAGAGGAAGAAGUGCAAGAUCAGGAAGUGCCGGACAAAAAAAACGAAGGAGGAGAGAGGAGGAGGUGGAGGUGGAGGUGGAGGAGGAGGUGGAGGAGGAGGAGGUGGAGCAGGAGGUGGACAGAGGAGGAGGCGGGGGAAACAGGGUAGAGAAGCAGCACUGGAGGAGCAGCCAGGGUGCAGGAUGCAGCCGUGGACCAGCUGGUCGGACUGUUCCAAACCCUGCGGCGGGGGGAUCCAGGAGCACUUCAUGAUGGCGAAGAAAAGAACAAAGGGCGCUGUGGCGUCCAGCUGUAAGGACCGGAAGGAGAUCCGUGCCUGUAACGUUCAUCCCUGCUAGGGGGCACUACUGAGCUAACAGAGGAGUUGAAUACUCAAGAUAUGAUGAUGGGGUUAUGCUUGCAGGGGUUUGAGAGAAGAAGAGAAGGAGUGUGAGGGAGGAGGUGAAGACAGAGAAGAGGAGGAUGCUGUUUAGUGAAGCCAUUGUAGACAGUUAGUGAAACAGGGCUUUUUACUUUAGACCACGACGGGAGAAUGAGAGACUUGAGUCUGAGUCCUGCAAAAAAAAAAACUAAAACCAUCUGAAAUGGAAACUGAGGAGAAAAAUCCACUUCAGUGAUUUUCACUUUUCAUUUGGAUCCACAGGGACAGAAAAAAGGCUCAUGUUCUCACAGGAACUUUAGGUUUUUAAAAUAAACUUGUGUUUUUCUUCAGUUUAUCUUUCCUCAAGUGUGUCCACAAAGUUUUUAGUGAAUCUAAAAGUUCUGCAAAGCUAAAAAAAGCCUAAACAUUUGAGCAUGUAAACCUUUUAACACUAAUUAAAAUCAACCUGAAUAUGAGCAGAAUAUGUCUCUUUUAGUUCCUUAGCAACUGGAUCAGCUUAUUGGUUUUAAAUUUAGUUUUGAAACAGAUGUACGACGAGAGGUUCCAGAAAAAAUAAAUAAAAAACAUUCCUGGUUUAAUUUCAAAGACAAAUUAAAUCAAACCAAACUGAACAUUUGGAUUCUUCCUACUUGUCUUUAUUUUUUCUGCAGGACCUAGACCCCGGUGUCUCUUCAGUCUUAUGGAUGUACUGUAUAUCUAAUAUCUAACCAACACUUAUAAAUGACACUUGUACGUAAUUUACGAAAAACUCUUUCCCUAAUAAACGGACACAUUUAAAUGGAGAUGUUUUAUACUGUUGAAUUUAGUCUUUAUAUCCUGUGCUGCUGUUUCUCUGUGGUUUCAGCUGGUGUAGCAUUAAACCUGCGAUAGCUCUGCGUCCGUCAGAAGAUCUUACGUUAGCAUGUGUGGAAUGAAAACAGAUUAUUUUGGGUUAGUCGGCUGUAGAUGUUGUGAAACAGAGACGUGACUGUAUCUAACACCAACAGACCAUAAUGUGUCUGUGGGACAGAUUAAUACAGAUGACUGUUACCGGGGCCUUGGUUCAAACUCACAUCACCUUCAUGGGUAGUUUUGUUUUUAUUCACGUUCUCCAUCAUGAUCUGUUGAAUCUGUUUUUAUCAUGAAAACUCAUCAGUUUAAAUCGUAGUUUGUUUCUGUUGUCGUUAAAGUUUCAUCAGGAGAAUUCUCUGUAGAUGUUUUUCUUUCAUUCUCUCACUUUUCACUUCUCUUUCUUUUGUUUCUUUGCUUCUGUAUCAUGUGACUAUUUUGUAAGAAACCACCUUUACAAUAAAAACGAUGUAAAUGUGAA